UGUGAGCGACAGCGUAAACUUUUAAGAAGUAGGCGGAGGCGGUGCUGGCCAGUGAGGUGAGAGCCUGCGACGAUGAAGCUACAGAGAGGGGGGAUGCGACCACCAGUGACCAUUUACUUUCGUGCUCGGUUGCAGAGGAGAGGAGAGAGUGAUCGUGCCUUGUGAAGCUGGGAUCCGAGUGGGCACGCCGAACGGAAGACUUCGUCACACGGACAUGGAGCCCCACUUGAACGAUAUGUCAAUGAAACUGGUGAUGAAGAGACGAACAACAGGACUUCCUGAUGCUUUGCUGCAGGACAUGCUGAGAGGAAGGUUGCGAAUUCUAGAGAAUGACUGUGGAGAGGUCGUGACCCUCCUCAGUGAGCUUUCUGCCAGACUAUUGUCCAUAUAUAGUGACCAAGACUUGAUUGUAAUAACUUUUAAAACUUUUGAAGAAAUUUGGAAAUUUUCAACCUAUUACUCACUAGGUUUAAUUGAUCAUUGCAUGGAGAAUCUUUUGUUAGACCAGGGGUUUUGGCUGACUUCUCUUGGUGAAGAUGCCAUGAUUGAUGUUCAGAUAAGUGAAGAUUCUCUCAAAAUGAUGUGUAUGGGCCUUCUUUCACAGGAAGGGGUGUUUUUCAUAACAUGUCCACUUAGUCAUCAAAGGAGUGAUGAAAAUGACCUACAGCCUGAAAUGAAUGACCUAGUUGCUGCUGUUGACAAUUCGGAAAGAGGUUCCAUGUGGUUUGGAGAAUCACUAGUCAGUGGAAAGAAGGUUCCAAAGUCACAUGUGGAGGUCUUUGACCCUUUUCAUCAGUGGCUUUUCAGAAGUAACCAUGAAGAAAUUAUGACAAGUGAUGAGGCGGCUGAAUUUCCCUGUUCACUUGGAACUGGGUCCUGUGUGGCAGUGGUUAACUAUGAAGGCUUUGGACUUGAAGAGCUGAGUUUCAAGAUGGGUGACAGGAUAGUAAUCAUUGGUUUGCUCAGCACAAGCAUGCAGUGGUUUCUUGGUCAAAAUGAAGCAACUGCACAAACUGGAUUUGUAAAAAUAACUCACGUGAAACCGGAUAACUUUCUGACACUGGCAAAGGGUCCCCUGUUUGUUGAUGAAGCAGAAAAAUGUGUUUUUGAGAGCUGUGAAAAGUUCACUGAAGAAGAUUCCAUCAAAUUGCUCAAGCAACUGGCACAGACUGAUGUUGGUGUGGUUUAUCAAAUGGAUAAAAUGGAACUGAUGAAUUUCCAGGAGGAUCUAAAAGGCCAAGUACAAGUUACUCGGCUGCUCUGCUGGCUCUAUGGUUCAGUCCUGCCUAAUGAAGCACAGUGUAUUGUCUACAAUGAGUUUCUGCUUCAUCUUGCCCGCAAGUUGGCAAACAAGGAACUGGAGGGUCAUGUUCUACAAAACACCAGUCAACUUUACCUUAAAUUGGGAUCUGAAAGGGCAUUCAGCUCAGCCUUGGAGUACACCAAGCAAAGUCUUGGAAUCUUUAUUGAUCUGAAGAAAAAAGAGGAGGAAGCGUGUGCUUGGCUGCAGGCUGGGAAGAUAUAUUACAUUCUGGGAAAAUGUGAAUUGGUGGACCUGUACAUCCAGGUUGCCCAAGAUGUUGCUGCAAGCACAGAAAGAUUGGACAUUGCAAUGGAAAUCUCUGAAGCUGCUGGAGAUGUAUUCUUUAAUGGGCCACAAGACAGAGAGAAAGCCAUAACCUUCUAUAGGGAUCAAGCCCUUCCACUUGCUGUUAAAGUUGAAAACACAAAGGUGAAGCUCAGACUUUGUAACAAGCUGGCUGAACUUCUGCUGAAUGUGAGCAUCUAUUCGGAAGCCCUAACAUAUGCCCAAAUGGCUUUGACACUAAGUGUGGUCCUUGGAGAUGUACUCAAUGAACGUGUUGCUUAUCAUCGUUUGGCAUCAGUACAUCACUCCCUUGGUCAGUGUGAGAUGGCUGAACAUUUCUUUCUUAAGGCACUUUCACUUUGUUCCUACCCAGUGGAGUAUGACGAGGAAACUAUUUACUAUGUCCGAGUUUAUAUACAGCUUGGAGACAUGACUUUCUAUGAUCUGAAGGACCCUUUUGAUGCAGCGGGUUACUAUCAUUUAGCCCUCGCUGCAGCCAUGGAUUUGGGCAGUAAGAAGUCUCAACUAAAAAUCUGCACUAGACUUGCCACAAUCUACCACAAUUUUCUUGUGGAUCGGGAAAUGUCACUCUAUUACUAUCAGAAAGCAAGAAAAUUUGCUGCUGAACUUAAUAUUCGAAGGCUAAAUCUCUCUCCAGUUCAAUAUUACAAAACUACAACAGCGACGUCCUCAAAAUGA